AUGGGCAUUAUAGUCUCAAUUCCUCAAAUCGAGGGGCUCAGGACUGUUUUGCCCCUGUCCUCUACGACUUGUUCUACCUCGUACGCUUUCGAUUCUGCCCAAACCAGUGAUUUCGCUGUCUCUACCAGGAACUUCGAUAAUUCUAAUAUCGAAAGUACCCUUGUCGUUACCGUUGCCGCCGCCCAGACGGGUGAGGUUCCGUCUGCAGAUGGGACUGAUGUUAUAUGGGUCAGGCCUUCGGACUUUACGGAAACAGUCACGACGUAUCUAAGUACGGCGACCGUGACGAGCACGAUCAGCUCGACCAAACUGAUUACUGCUACGGCUAAAGUUGUAGCGAGUAAUUGCCCUACCACCACAGCCACAACUUCGGAUACGGUUAAAUUAACGGCCUUGACUAAGGUCUACACUUCAGGAACUGUGGGGAUGCCAGCACACUCAAGUCCGCCACCAGUUUCGUCUGACUACGGCAUUCCUUCAUCGAGCGGGUUACCUGAAAAUGGAGCACAUGUCAUUGAAACCUACAUCUCGAUUCUCUCAAAUCCACGAGCAGAUAUUUCUUCUGGGUACGGCACAUCCUCAUACAGCAGGCUACCAGGAAGUGGAGCACUCUCUCCUCAAAGCUCGCUCUCUAGAUUUGUCACACGAUCAACCAAAAGUCGCUCCUCAACUUCUGUCUCUGGAAGCGAAGCAUCCACACUUCGCAGCGUAAUCGCUGCCAUUUCAAACAAACAUCCACCUGUGAGCAAAAAACCCCCUGUCGCUACCGUGCGAUAUACGCAUCCUACUCGCGCGACCUCAGUGUCCCAGCUCGACCGAGGAAGUCUUACCGUUAGAGGACACGGUGUUGCUUACGGCGAAGCGGACUACACACUGUCAUCCAAGGGGCCCAUCGGUCCAAUUGACUGGCACCAUACGACAACUUUGACGAAGACCGAAGAUGUCACGACUACCACUGUUUACACAAGCGCAAUCACGAAUCACACGAGUACUACCACCAUUACAACGUUGCCAACCCGCUGCCUUACCAGCAGAACAUCAAGUUCGAGCCCAACUUUUUCUACAUCUUGCACAUCAGCAAUCCCCAAUCCAGAUCCUCCCGCAAAUGAUACUUGCGCAGAAGACGGCCUACUGGAAUACAGUAAUACCUUACAGCCGCCUGAUACCCUCGAAGACUGCGCAGCUGCAUGUCUCGCAGACCCCAGCUGCCUUUCUUUUACGUUCAUACCCAGUGAAAGCACAUGCUAUACAUCGCUUUACCCCCUUGCGGACUCUGCAUAUGCUGGAGUGCAGCAGUAUCACAUUUACAACUACGAUAGGGAUUGUUAUUCGUGUUCGUCGUUAUGA